AAUUGCUCCCACAUAAGGGUGCUGAAGAUUCGUGUGUUGAAGACUCAGAUACCAGCAUCUAUGAGAGUGAUAGUCUGAAAGUUUCAUAGCAGCUGACUCAGCUCUCCAAUCCUGUUUCCGCCAUGGGUUCAGUCCACAUUUUAAUAUUGGCUGGCCUCUUUAUCAUAGCUUUGUGUCAAUUUCAUUCAAUUGAAAGCACUCAGACACACCCACUAUCUCCAUCUUCAGGCAGACACAAGAAGGAUCAUCCAGCUGAGGGUAGCCAUAAACACCCCUUAUCUCAUUCAGGACCAUCAUCCCCACCACCGGGAGUAGGAGAAAAGAGUCAUAAGCCACCAAAGUUUCAUCAACAUCGACCAGCACCGCUUGUAUUGAAUGAGGAUCAUCCUAAGCUGCAGAAAGGACAUACCAACGGCAACCAUGAAUCGCCAAAAGGAAUAAACCCGAUAGCCCCUGAGGAGGUAGUAGAGGACAAUUUCGAAAUAUUAAACGGGAAACGCAAAAAAGAAGAAGAAGCGAACAUGCCGCAGAAGCGGCUACGGCCAGAUGAACGGCGUGGGUAUCGUCCGCGACAAUUUACUCUUGAGGAAUGCAAAGGAGUGUGUAUGAAGGCUGAGGGGUAUAUUCUUAACGACAGUGGAAAGCACAUAUUGGUCUCGGUGGCUGAAGUAGACAAGCAAAACAACUGUAAGUGCGGAGCCAACAAGGAACUACUCGAUUUUUUGAAAGCCAAGAAUCUCAGUACUACCGAUUUCCUGAAUGUUCGCAGCAAACACCUUUCUAAAGGCAGUACUUGGUUGAAGGACCAUGGAAUAACUGUCCAUGGAUUAGCUGUGAACCUGGAGUAACGACACCAUAACCUGAACCAAAAAUUCCAAAAAACUAGUGAAAGCCACUAGUUGAAAGUUACAACUCAGGCACAUUCCGAAUUCAACGGAUGUAGCAUGUGAAUUUACAAUGCUUGAGGUGCUCUUCUGCUUUGUAAUGUUAAAGAAUAUCCAUUAUGAAAAUAAUACAUUCUGUUUUUGAGAUAA